AUGGUUGGUUAUAAGAGUCUCGCUGAGAUUGAAGCAAUCAAGCUAAAGAUACGUUCAGCGUCGACGGCGGCUACGACUGCGUUACAUAACCUUAUUUUCGGGAGAGAAGGCGAUCGUAGAAAUCUCCAGCGUCUCAGGGAUUUCCCAGGAUUCACGUUCCGCAAAGAUUCUUCGGAAUAUGCAGACAAAUUAGAAUCCGCGCGCAAGCUUACAAUUGGCGACUUGAUUUCGUUCUGUAAUAUUCUUGGUUUGGAAUAUAGCGGUAACAAAGAGGAAAUAAUAAUACGAAUUCUGGAUGGGCUAUUAGAUAUCAAUGCGCUUGUCUCUUCAGCUGACGAGGACGAUUCAGAAGAAGACGAAUGUGAAUCUGACGAGAUCGAUGAUGGCAAAGAACAUAGAAACGACGACGAUAACGAGGCGAGCGGCGAAGAGCAAGAAGAGAGACGUCCGGCAAGAGCAGAUUCUAUCAGAAAUUUUAGUGGAAAGGAUACUUAUCCAAUAGAGAGGUGGAUAACGGAGUUUGAAGAAACAGCCGACCUGUUUGAGUGGGCGGAGAUACAAAAAGUAGUGUUUGCCAAAAAGUCUUUAUCCGGUCCGGCUAAGAUGUUUAUUGAAAGUGAAGGCGUUGUUCGUACAUGGAAAAAAUUAAAGACAAUCCUUCAAGAUGAAUUUUCGGACAAGGUGAAUAGCGCUCAGGUGCACGAGAUGUUACGCAAAAGGAAACUAAAGAAGGAAGAGUCGCUGCAAGAGUAUUAUCUGGCAAUGAAAGAAUUGGCAUCGCGAGGCAAAAUUGAAUCGGAAGCAUUAAUCCAGUAUGUAAUUGACGGUGUAGCCGAUGACACUCAAGUAGGAAUACUAUGGGGAUUCUAA